AUCUAUCCGAUUACGAUCGUGCUCGGAAGCCUGGUCUCUGCCGUAUCGCAGCCCCACACAUACUUCAGCUCGAAGCGGAAUUUCUUCAACGUCACGUUCGUCAAGAACGGCUGGUUCUGGACAACGAUCGUGUACAUGGUCCACUGCAGCCGACUGCGGAUAAGCAGGCCCACGGGUCUGUUUAUGCGCUACGCGGUCGCGACGCUGUGGUGGUACCUCUUCACGCAGUGGUUUCUCGGCGCGCCGCUGAUGGACCGCGUUUUCCUCGGCACGGGUGGCACAUGCCGGAUCGGCGAGGGAGGAGAUCAUAAGGGCUGGACGUCGGUGGGGUGUCGGCAUGCGGCUGGGGAAUGGACGGGUGGACAUGAUAUCAGUGGGCAUUCGUUUUUGCUCACGCACGCGAGCUUGUUUUUGUGGUAUGAGAUCUUGCCGGUGUGUCUGGAGAGAGGGCCGAUGAUGCGACAGGCGAAUACGAAGAUUGUGAUGUCGCUUUUACUGUUAUGGUGGUGGAUGCUGCUUAUGACUGGGAUCUACUUCCACACGUUUCAAGAGAAGGUAACGGGAUGGCUGAUGGGAUUAGUUGCAUGGGCGUUUGUGUACGUGGCAGUACCGCGGGUGCCGGUUCUCAAGCGGGUUUUCAGUGUUCCUGGGGUGUGA